AUGACGCCACACAAAAAUAAUUCACUCACCACCACUUCAAAUACAAAUUCAUUGCAACCGCUUUCUCAUCGGCAUUUUGCUUGCUUACGAGACACUGUCAAUCGGAAACCAGCUUUGAUGAGAGAGAAAUUAGGAUCUUCCAUGAGUCUGUCUUGUUUUAAGAAAAAGAUUGACAAAAAAUCCAUUAGUCAUUUAAGUAUUGCAAGUGAUGAUUUGUUAUUUUAUGAUCCUCUUUCCUUGAGCCCAAUUAAACCAUCAUCACAUCAGCAAAGGUGGGAUGAAUCUGUUAUUGUGAAUGAUGAUUAUUUUGAAAGAGGAUUGAAAGAAAUAAUGGAUAGUGUAAGGGAUUUUGAUGAAAACAAACGAAUUAUGAAGCUCCAUGCUGAGCUAGAUAGACAAAUUGAGGAGCUGGAUAAAAAAUCAAAAACGGUUCUUACUAAAGACGAAAAGAAAGAAAUCAUGUCAAAAUAUUUUGGAUCUGAAUUAAUAGAUGAUUUGAAUCUUUCAGAAAAUACAAUUAGUUAUGGAGAUCAUUGUGAGAAAAUGAGGAAGGAUUGUUUGGAAAAGGACAUUACAAAAUAUUUUCUCGUAGAUAUAGAUCUCUUAACAUCUAACAAUCUAUCGAAGGAGGAUAUUAAGACAUUGAAUGAAUCAAAAAUCGAUAACAUUCCAUCUAUGAAGCAUUUACUCCAAAAAUUUGCAAUCUCUUACAAUUUUGAGGGUAGGGUUGAGCAAUUUCAAUAUUAUAAUCUGCCUCAACAUGUAAUAACAUCUAUUGCUUUCAAUAUGGAGAAAUGUUUGGAUUUUAUUUCAUCUAAAAUUGAUGAUUUAACAGAGGAAGAGCUAUUCGAAGCAACUGUAUUUCUAUUACGUACCUACUUUUCAAUCAAAGUACUUUCCUUCAAGACUGAAUACAACAUGAAUAUUGUAGAUCCUUUAAGCUUUGGGAAAAUAUUACCACUAAUCCAUAAUUUAUUAGAAAGAAUGGAAAGAGAAUUUCCAACACAAGAAAAAGUAAUUGCUACACUUUGUCAAAUAUUCAAAUAUGAUGAUUUUGACACAAGCAGUAUUUCAACAAUCAUCACCUCAGUCUUGACACCAACAUUCUCACAAUUUGUAUCAACCUUGUCGUGGACUCAUCACUCACUACUUGUAAAUAAGCUAUUCAAGAGAUUACUCUUACCCAUCCUCACUAGAGUCAUUGACAAUCCAAUGAAUGUUUCUCAAAUUGUACAUAAUUCCAAUGAAAAGAUUGAGGCUGAACUAAUUUUAAAAACUAUCCAAUUCGCACAGGAGAAACUUAGUCAAUUUGAACAUUUUUCAGAUGUUGGUUGCUAUGAUUGCAUUCAUCUAUUGUACAAUAUUUAUUAUUUACUAACAGCUUGCUUUUCACACAGAAACUACAAUGGCCGCCCUCUCUUCUCAAAUAACAGAAAGCUAGCUAAUGAAUGUAGAUCCAUCUUUCCUAAAAUGGCUGGAACAAUGAGGAGAUUGAGUGAAAUUCAGUAUCAAUCAUUGGUUUCAAAUAGAUUAGAAGUUUUCAUUACUGGACUUUUCCCUCCCUCCGAUAAUAUCAUUUAA